AUGUCUUCAUACGAGAUCAAUUCAUCUUCUCACCCAAUAACCAUCUCUUCUCCCAACAAGGAGCUGCCCUCUCAGCAGACGAACCCGUUCGUGAGAGAUCUGGGACAUUCUUUCCCGCCACCAACAUCACAUUCAUCCCCCAAACCGCUCCGUGACCUCCCCCAGGAGUACCGAUCUGGCACCUCACAGCCCUCCAAUUCCAAGCCCUGCAUUCCCAUCGGCGACUGGUGGGAAGCUUAUUCUGAUGACAACGAUAUGUACUCCAACUCGUCGUUUUCCGAUGACGAAGAUGAUGAUUUCUUUAAUGUGGCCCCAUUGCCAUCCUCGUGGGCAGACCUGUUCGAAAUAUGUCUCAAUGGGCCACAGCCCCCCAAAAAGAGGUAUCGUUCUGGUUGGUGGGAGGAAAUUGGCUCACAAAGAAGCUUGUUUCCGGCCAGUUAUACUGUUUUUGAAAGUUCAGACCGCCUCCCCCCCCUUCUGGAGGAGGAAGAGCCUAGAGAUGAUAUUACUACAUCUUUAGGGAGCCGUUAG